AUCACAUGAAAACAAUCAUUUAACAUAUUUUCUGUUGUUUUUUCCACUUGCAGCUCUAUGAACUGGACAGCGACCCAAAGAGGAAGGAGUUCUUGGACGAUCUGUUUAGCUUUAUGCAAAAAAGAGGGACGCCGGUGAACCGGAUUCCCAUCAUGGCUAAGCAGGUGUUGGACCUUUACAUGUUGUACCAGUUGGUGACGGAAAAGGGGGGCCUGGUUGAGGUCAUAAAUAAGAAGCUGUGGAGGGAGAUCACGAAGGGCCUGAGCCUGCCCACCUCCAUCACCAGCGCGGCCUUUACUCUCAGAACACAAUACAUGAAGUAUCUGUACCCUUAUGAAUGUGACAAGAGGAGUCUCAGCAAUCCCAAUGAGUUGCAGGCGGCCAUCGACAGCAACCGGCGCGAAGGACGCAGGCAAGGCUUCGGCGGCUCGCUCUUCACCUACUCGCCCAACGGGACGCCCACCAUGCUCUCCUCACCCAAACUCUCCAUGCAACACAUGGGCAUCACCCUGCCCAGCAACGGUGCUUCGCUUUCAUCCUUACACAAAAUUAAAAAGGAUGACGAUGGGAUUCAGCAGCGUAUACCCGUCUCUCUGGCUUCUCACUCUGUAGCCGCGGCCCAGGCGGCGGCCGCGCAGGCCACCCUCGCCCAGGUGGCGGCGCUCGAGCAGCUGCGGGACAAGCUGGAGUCAGGCGAGCCCCCGGAAAAAAAGAUGGCGCUGCCGCUGGAGGAACACCAGCGACUUUUGCAGAGAGCCCUGCAGCACAACCUGCUCGCCAUGACUGCACAGAUACCCAUGAAUAUACGCAUCAACAAUCAAGAGAGCAAGCCAGACUCCGCCCUCAACCUGACCACCAAUGGUUUAAACAGCAUCAGUAUGUCAGUGGAGCUUAAUGGAGUCGUCUACACCGGCGUUUUGUUCGCCCAGGCCGCAGCGCAGACCUCAUCAGGGGCAGCUAGCAAAUCCUCCACGGGCAAUAGCGGACCUCAGUCGGUUCUCCACACGCCUACCUCAUCAUCCUCAAACAACCAAUCGCCUUAAAACCUCAGACUCUCCCUCUCAGGGCAAAACCAAAGCCAAAAAACCUCAGUUACUACAGAAGAUAUGCCAAAAAUACAUAGCAAGGAUGCAGGAAUAAAUCAAAGGUUCUCAACUUGAAGUACACUAGCUCAGGUGUUUUAUUUACACUCUCCUUUGUUCAGGAGCCAAAAUCUUAAAAAAGCAAGAGUUUAUUAUAAAGAUGAUGAUAUAUAUAUAUAAAAUAUAAAUAUAAUGUAUAUGCAAAACCUGUGAAAUAAUUUAUUUCUCUUUCUGCGAGCACACUGUCUGGCAUAAACGAAAAGGCAGUUGGAUUCUGCUUUAUAGGGUUUUAUAGUCUCCGACUGACGAAAGCUUUUCAUCUUCAGGAAAACCAUAACAAUAGUAUUAUUGUUAUAACAUGUGAUGCAAACUGCUUAAGGGUCUAUACUUAUAAUAUAUUAUUGUAUCUGUUGUUGUUGUUUUGUUUUUUUUCUUUAUGUAUCUGCAGUGCCUUGUGAAGGUUUUUCUCCAGCACGGUUUGGACGUGCUGUUGUUGACGGAUGGAAACGAUGCAGAGUUUGAUCUGAAGUUAUUUUUUACUUUAAUUAUGAGUAUUCAACUUUUUGGAUCUUCUGUGAUGGCGUCGACGAUCUUAAUAUCAGUAAUUGUGAACAAUCAGGGUAAAGGAGAGAGAGAAGACCCUCGGUGCGUUUGUAGAUGUGUAUACUUCCGUUUGUAACCCGUUUUAUUGUUUAGCUAUUCACGAGUCGACUACUGGCAAACUGUGGUGGUCAUGUUCUCCGUAUGCGUUGACGUUAUCUGGGACUGCCGCGGCCUGCGCGCUUUUCACCCAUAGUUGGUCUAGCGUAGAACCGUAAAAAGAUAUCAGGUUGUUUUACGUGUUUUAAUGUAGGUUUUUGUGGCUCGGUCAAUAAUCACAGUUCGACGAUAGGUUCACUUCAAGCACAGUCCCGAGUGUCGCUGAGGGGUCAAAUAAUGCCGCCUGUGCUUUAUUUUAAAACGCCAGGACAGUUGUCGCUAACAUAUUUGUAUUUUAACCCAAAAAUAACAAUAGAUAGAUUUAAGGUGUCACAAAAGGAACCAUUGUCACACGGCUCGAAAUCUUUUCUCCUUGAAGAUAAAGAGAUGGAGAGGAAGUGGUUUCUUGUUUUCGGUGAUAUUACAUCACAUCCUGCAGGGUUGUUUUUGAUUUAAUGUUCCUGUCAACAUGUAGCUGUAAUUGAUGUGUCAAGCUCUUCUACUUUCAUUACACUGUAUGCAAGGUCAAAAUGAUGUGGGUUGGGGUUAAACGUUUAGAAACCGGGUCUGGCGACUGUUGAUAUGAAGGUGAAUCAUUUUGGGAUUUUAAGGAAAGUUAGUCAUAGGAGAGGUACCAAAGUGGGUGGUAUCUUCAGGUCAAUAAGGCCCUUAUUUUUGAUCUAAAACGGCUAUUAGUUUUAGUGUUAAAUGCCUUUAUCCUAUUUAGGAUCAAACCCGCAUCACCAGCCCUCUUCUGUGUUCUGUAUUGCAUUUUACUACAGUUUUAUAUAUCACCACACCUCAAUAUAACACGUCUCAAAGUGAGAACAGCCAGAAUCUCUCUACCUCAGACAUAUUUAUCAGCUAAAAACCAUUAACAGACCCAGCUUGUCAUGUUUAUGUGAAUCAAAUAUACGGGGCUGGGGCUUCCUUAAGCAACACUUGAAUUGUAAAUUUAUGUAUUAGCCACGAUUCAUCUAUUCAUGCUUGUACAAAAGGCCAUUUCUCCUUAAAGUCGCAAUAAAAUCAAAACGGACAAUUCUUAUUUUUUAAUGUAAUACUGCAGUGUUUAUUAAACAACAAUUUAUCCGUGCAAGUCAUUAUUUUUUAUAAUUGUGCCCUCAUAAACUUCUGCAGUCAAAAUCUGAUUCUCCGAUUACGUCAGUUAGAUGGUGUGGGCGGGACAUCCGUUAACUCCGCCCCUCCAUCACACAAUCCACACCCACUAUUUUCUUCACAUGAUAUUUUCGUUUCACGUGCAUUGAAACAACCCCGAAGUAAAGUCAAUUGCGACUUCCGGUUCACAGGCACAUCGUCCUGUUUUAUCUGACUGACAGCUUGCCUUUAAACUCGACUCGACUUUACAGUGACCGAUGUUUUCGCAAUGUAGCGGUAACUUUACGUUUUUGAUGGCCUUUAAGCAGUGCAUUGCCAGUUUUUAAAGAAACAAAACCGUUACCGCACCGAGACCGUUUGGUAUCUAUAAGAGGGUUCUGUUUUUACUCGGAUGUAUGCCUUAAUGUAUGCAAUUUUUACGAAAUAAUAAUCAUUAUAGCAUGCCGAUGUAGUCAGGUUUAUUGCAAGGACAACCGAAAUCGCUGUACGAUAAACCACGCAAACACGUUCGCCUUUUAUUGUAUAGCAUAUGCUUGCUAACACUCUCACGUUUCUCUUUGUCGAACUUAACGUCACACUAAAAGUUAAGUAAACCAUUUAUCCAAUACAUUGACAGCAACGAAACUUAGGUUUUAUUUUAAACAAGGCAUUUGUCGUCUUCUCAGGAAAUACACUUCUACCUCUAGUUAAACAGAUUUGUUCAUCGUAGUGCUGUGGUCACAGUGCAUGUAACAUUUGUUCUACCUUUUUAUAAUAGUAAUACGAGAAGUUUCUCGGCACACGAGUUUUUUAUUUUGUUUUAGUACGUUAUAUUUUUAUUUCUUCUUUUUUUAAAUCUGAAUACUCAUGUGAGUGCUGUUGAGUUUUUGCUUGCUUAGUUUGAAACCAAAUAGAAAAUUGCUUCUAGCACAAGAACCCCACCGAUGCGCCGUUGCGUGCAUUUUCACUUGUGCCGUUUUUCUUUAAAUUGCGUAGUGUCGGCCUCUUGAUCGUAUCUCUUAGGGGUGAGGGACGAAGACAAUCCGAACCUAUUUAACCUAAUCUCUGUUUGUGUGAAUAAUUAACUUUAUUUUGAAAAGAAAUAUAUCGAGAUAUAAUUGGGGGGAGGGGUGUCCAAAGAAUGUCCACGAAAGUGCCGUUAUGGCCUGAAUAUCACGGAUUGACUCUUUAGAUUUUAGAUGAUCACACAACAACUGUACCUCUCGAUCUGAAUUACCUGUUAUAACACAACAAAUGUAGUUAGGAGCUGAUACUGACUGUUUCUUUUUUAAAAAGGAAGGUCUUAUGACUAAUUCUUUAACUUUUAUAUGUUGUAAUGUUAUGGUAAUUCCGGAGCUUCAGUUUGGGUGUGUCUGUUUUCUGUUGUUUUAAACGUUAUGCUCUGUUUAAAAAAAAAGUUCAUGUUGAGUUUUGUUGUCUCUUGAAGUUUACAUUUUAUAAUUGUCAAGCAUCAGAUUUUUCAAUGUUUGAUUUUUCACAUUUGAGAACUUCACUUGUAAACAAAGACAUUGAAAUACAAUAAAAUCUAAUUCUGAUGUUA